AUGCCACCUGAUGCAUUACUUAAUUUGUGUGCUAGUUACAUUGGAAAAAUGGGACCAUGUCUUCCAAAUAACUAUUUUGAAGAAUUACCAAGAGAAGUUUUGGAAAGGUUGAUAGAGUACAUGUGCGCAGAAACAUUAAACAGAAUAAAACCUUUAAUUGAUAGAUAUAAAUUAACAGAAGUCAGUGAGAUAUAUUGGAGACAUCACUUAAGUGGCAGAUUUUGGGGAAUGGAAAGAUCAACAUGGUUUAAUGGUUCCAUUACAGAUGAAUUUUUAGAAACCAGAAACAUUAGCAAUCAUCAGCUAUAUAUGAAUAAACAUUUUAAUAGUAUUUGUUCUUGGUUAUUAGAUGAUCAUUUACAUGGAUUUUCAGAAGAUCCCUAUAAAGUUUUUAGAUCACCUAUUCGUACUUACAGAAAAACACAGAAUUUAGCUAAUAUCACUGAUGAGGAUAAAAAACUAGAUUUGAAAAAUAUCAUCAAACAUGUAACAAAGUUUUCUCUGCAUGGUCGCUAUUGUUCACAAUUCUUAGAAGAAUCUUAUAUAUUACAUUUAUUAAUACAGUCUAUAACACAUCUUGAAGUUUCCUUAGUGUGUGACAAUAACUUUAAAAGUGUAAUUAAGACUCUAAGAUUAUUUAUGAGUGCUGGUAAAAUUACAAAUAUCAGUUUGUGUCAAAUAUUAGUCUCUGAUGCAGAACUUUUACGUCAGUUAUUAGGUACUUGUGCUGGGAUUUGUGAUGAUCUUAACCCUACAGAGUUGCAAAAUAAUUUCAUAACAGGUAGUGACUCAAGUUGUAGUGACUCAGAUAGUGAAAGUGACUUGAGAUCAGAGUUGGAUCUUUUAGAUGAAGCUCUAAUUCCUGAUAAACAAAGGAACAAGCCAAGGAAAAUUUGUCAUAAAAUAUUAGACCUAAGCAGACGCAAAUGUGAAGUGACCAGUCUUUCCUUCAAUAAAUAUGAUAAUUUAGAAAUGAUAAAUGUGUUGGCUGAUAUAUUUCCUUCAUGGACUUACUUAAAACAAUUGUCUGUUUAUGGACUGGCAGAUAAAGACACUGAUAGAAGAUUGAUAAGAAGUAUUCUACCUUUGAUACAAACACAACAAUUAACGCAUCUGUGCCUGAAUCUCUUACUACCUGAAGCUGGAAAUUUAGCCUUGGUAUUUAAUGAGUUAAUAAAAUCCUACAGUUCAUUUAACAUAUCCUAUGAUAGAAGUAAAUAUUUAGAAGUAUUAGCAAUUACGCCAUUUCAAAGUAUAAGUGGUAUUGAAACAAAUAUCACAGAGCUGAAAAGAUUUCAAAAUCUUCAAAUACCAGGUGUAUGUAACAUAGCGAAGAGAAUGAAAUUACAUACAGGUUUAUUUAAUAUAAGAUCUGUUGGACAAAGUAAAUUAUAUGAACUUCUUCAAGCUAAUCAUAUAUUAGAAGAUUUGGAUCUGGAAGUACAUUGUGUAAAGACAUCUGAACAGCUCAUUCAUCUAAUAUCUAAUUCAAAUUGGCAGUUGAAAAGAUUAUGUCUUCAAGAUAGUCUGAGUAAAGUAACGAUUGAUGGUUGGAUAAACUUAAUCAGGAAGAAAAUAACCUUAACAAACCUAUCUCUUUCACACACACUAAUUGAUUUGAGCGACUCUAAAGGUAAACAAGCCCUGAUUAUAUUAGAAGCUAUAUUGCAAGGAGAUAACCAUAUUGAGUGUUUAGAUAUAACCUAUAACCAAAUUUCCCUCCAGACAAUUUAUAAUUUCUUAACUGAUCUGAGUCAGAAACCAAUCAAACAUAAAUUAAGAGAGCUGUACAUGGCAGAGAAUAUAGUUGAUUAUGACAACGUUCGGGUACAGGAGGUUUCUAGAGAAAUAUUUAAAAUCACAAAAACAUUUGUGGGUGAGGGAAUUAUGAGGUUAACUAUGAAGAAUGGUGCUCAUAAUAUGGUGGAAUAUGAAGCAGUUAUGUGA